CAAUUAGGUGAGUCUACCCACGAUACAGUCCGUAACAUAUGUAAAACUCUCAGGUACCUAUUUACUGGCAGGUUAAAGAAACUACUCAUUUUUUCUGCCUAGGCCUGGAAUCGAACCCGGGUCCUAAGGACUACGACCUCCGAGUGCUGUCCGUGUGUGUGUGUGUGUGUGUGUGUGUGUGUGUGUGUGUGUGUGUGUGUGUGUGUGUGUGUGUGUGUGUGUGUGUGUGUGUGUGUGUGUGUGUGUGGUGGGCGUGUGUGUGUGUGAAAACAAACACAGGUCGCUGUGGUGGUCCCUCGCGGCACCCUUCAAUGGAGCAAAUGUUUGGCCUCCCACUGUAAACAAUAACACAAGAGUAAACUCAAACAAACUAACUGGGCCUUUAAAUAAGAUGUCUCUCUCGCAGACACGUUUAGUUACCGUUGGUUCGCCGCACGAGGAAGCUGUCACCUCUUGUGCCCUUAUACUGCCAGAGGCGCAGGAGGCGCCUAUACAUUCACCAACCGCGUUUCGGGUUAACCAACACUUGAGUAAUGAAUAAUUCCCUAGCCUCCACCACCGCCUAUCCCAACCUCACUCUAUCUCCCUUUUAUUCCUCUCCAUUCUAUUUCUCCCAUCUCAUCUCUUCCACAUUCCCGCCCUCGUACCCGGCGUCACUGCAAGCGUCCCUGUUGUUCCCGCCAUGUCAUCUGGGAGUCUCGCCGGCACCGGACUGUGAAGCACACCAGAAGCCGCCCUUCUCCUACAUUGCCCUCAUCGCCAUGGCCAUCAGGAGCGCCCCGGACCACAAGGUCACACUCGCUGGCAUUUAUAGAUUCAUUAUGGAUCGUUUCCCUUAUUACAGGCAUAACAGACAGGGCUGGCAGAACAGCAUCCGCCACAACCUCAGCCUCAAUGACUGCUUUAUCAAGGUUCCACGAGAAAAGGGAAGGCCAGGCAAAGGCAGUUACUGGGCCCUUGACCCUGGAUGUUCUGAUAUGUUUGAAAAUGGGAAUUAUCGACGAAGAAAGAGACGCCCAAGGCAGACCCCAAAUACAACAGGAUUGUCUAAGGAUGAUCAAGAUCAUAUAAUGAAGACAGGAAAUAAGACACUGCAAAGAGAUGAGCUAAUUAACUAUAGAAUCAAUGCUACUGACACUCAUUCAAGCUUAGAAAGCAGCUUACAUUCAAAUAACCUCCAUGUACCAACCCCAGAGUUAGCUUGCACUGAUGAGACUUCUCUGGAAAAUAGCUAUUUGAAUAGUCUUAAGGGCAUCACAAAGAUACCAAAUGAUUUAACUAUUCCGAUAAAGACUGAUUUCCUGAAAAAUGCACACCAAUUUGCAAAGGAAAUUCUAGGAAGCACCAGCAUGCAAUCAAAGUCACCUGAAUUCUCAGCACAUGUGGCUAUGGCAUCACACAGUAUUAAAGAAUAUGAAAAAUAUGACAUCUCUGAGAAUGCUAGAAGAAAUUAUAAAUACAAAGAUGAGCUAUCAAGUCCUUGGUCAAUCCUGCAGUGCCUACCACAGCUCUUGCCAUCCCAACAACCUCAACAACUAGGUACCGAGGUCAUAAAGCCCAAUAUGAUUGAUUCUAAACAAGAAAAUGCUAACUUUAAUGAUCAAUAUAUGCAUCACCAGACAAAAAAUUUCCCAGAAUUGAGAGAGAUCACUGCAGACUUGGAAGGCUCUCAGAUGAGUGACAAUGAAGGCAUGGAAAGCAAAGGAAUUAGCAAACCAGAAUAUAAUGAAAUGAAGGGUAAUUCACGAGAUGUCAGUACACAUGACCUUCAGUAUUCGUGUUCAAGAGGUAAAAGUUUCCUUAUCGAAAAUCUUAUAAGUUAGCUGAAGACAAAAUAGUAAAAUAUUACAAGUUUUUUAUUAUAAAUUCUCAUGUAGUUUGCAAAUUGCAUAAACAAUUACUUAAUGUAAAU